AGCAAGUUCCCUCUCUUCUAGCCAUUCAAAAUAGUGAGAAUGGGGUUGUUGAAGAAAAAACACCCGAAACAUUCAAAGCCGACGUUGAGGGGUUUCUUAACGGCGGUUUUAGCUACACAUGCUGCAGUAUUCCUCUUGGUUCUUGCCGGUUUAUCUCUCUCUGGCACAGCCGUGGCAUUUAUCGCCACUAUGCCGCUAUUCGUCGUAUUUAGUCCGGUUCUCGUACCAGCGGGUAUUACCACUGGUUUGCUAGCUAUGGGUUUAGCCGCCUCGGGUGGCUCCGGUUUGACGGCCCUCAGCAUCAUCUCGUGGCUCUACAAUCAAUUAUAUGUAGGAAAUUUACGGUUAAGGAGCUGCCCAAACAUCAGGUCUAACGCUCGUCACAGGAUCACCAGACGACCGUGAAUCGCAUUGAAUAAAUGAAAAGAAGCCAUGGGCAUAGACAAAUGAUGGUGAACAAAAAAAAGGCAUAGACAAAUGAUGAUAUGAAAAAAUUGAUAUACAGUUAUAUAAUUUCACAAAUUAAAUCUAGUUAACCCAAAAUUUUUAAAAUAUUAACUGUUACGUGGGGAUGGAACUCAAGUUUUCAAAUAGCAUCUUAUCAAUGUAUGCCGUGGUCAGGGCCGACCAUAGACCAUGAUAGGUAAAACAUUCGCAACAGACUCUUAAAAUUUUUGAAAAAAAUGACAUACAAAUAGAUCCCCAAAUAUAUAAAAAACUUUUAGGUCCCCAAAUAUGUAAAAUAAUUUUAUGUCCCCAAAUAUGUAAAACAAUUUACAUAGACUCAACCAUAUACCCCAAAAUCUCAGGACCGGCCUUGGUUGUGGUACAUAAUAAUGACUAAUGCAUGUGUAUUUGUUAUCUACUGCUAUACUCUCCUCUCUACAACUAUACAAGUAUCGUAUUUUAUAUCUAAUAGUAUAUCAUUUUGAAAACGAAAUAAUGUCAUUGAUUUUGACCUUUAGACCAGUAUUUUGAGUUUUUGCGCAAUGUUAUCCAGCAUAUCAACGUUUUUUUUAAACGUAUCCACUUUAUCAUUCGAGUUCUUGUUUUUUACCAAGCUAUCAAAUGAGACAAUCUUUUCAGAUUCUCUCAGGAUGAUCAAGCUUGAGAGAAAGAGAUUGUGUAUAGUGUCUUCAUUAGUGUAAACGAGGAAGAAGAGUUAGCUUAAAUACAAUUGUGAAUCAUGUCAACUAUUAAACCAACUACUUAACCAUAUUAAACCAUCUAAAUCAACUAUAUACACUCUAAUACAUCUAAAGUUACAAGUUAAUUUGUGGCCCAUUUAAUACAACAUCUUAGCUGAUCAAACAAGCUUGCUCGUUCGUUCUCCUACGGUACGGGCCAUUAAUGUUGUUGUUUUGCAAGAAGCGGACACCCGUGAGACGACACCCGUGGGUGUCUUAGCUGAUCAAACAACUAUAUACAUUCUUUUUCAAAUUAAUCGACUAACUGGUAAUUUUAUUUUUCAAAUUAAAAUUAUCAAACAUCUAAUAUGUCUAGGGAUAAGAAUUUAGUACUUAUAAUAAGAGGUUACAUUUCUGUUGUAAUAUUCUUUUAUGCUGUAAAAGGAAAUAGUUGCGGACUACUUUACAAGCCCUAUCUAAUUAAUGGAAGAUCUUGGGAUUGAAUAUACUCGGAACUUAUAUGUAAGGUGCUUAUGUUUUUUUUUUCGUUCGACAAGACUCCAAUUCUAGUCUUCCAAAAUAUACUAUCAUUCAAACAUUAAGCCACUAUGAAUUAGUAUAUUUAUUUAUUGUAUAGGCGAUAAAAGAAAACAAGGAAAAGGUCAGAUAAACGUGAUCAUAUAACACACAAACAGAUUAAACCGUAUAAUAAAAGUGGCGUGACGUAACGCGUUUCCAUUAGUACUCACUUCGUUUUGCAUGUAAGCAUGAAUGUGUACCGUACCGUUCACGUAGACUUCCACAAAGUUCUUCAUAAAAUCCCCUUUUCUUCCCACCAACAAACCACAACCAUUCAAUUACAUAUCUCCGCCGGUUAUCAAAAGAUGUUUGAGAUUAUUCAGGCGGCUAUCACCGGUGGGGCUGCAUUAGCUCUCUUGGUACUCGCCGGUAUAACCCUUGGCGGCUCAGCCGUGGGAUUAGCCGUAACGACGCCGCUUUUUGUCAUUUUCAGUCCGAUUCUCGUGCCAGCAACUAUAGCCACCGCUUUUCUAGCUACGGGUUUCACGGCCUCCGGCUCCAUCGGUGCCAUGGCUAUCACCAUCUUCAUGUGGCUCUUCAAGAAAAUAACGGGGAAGAACCCGCCAAAAAUUCCAUUUUUGACCCCAAAAAAUCCAACUACGGAAGGGGGAGAAAAGGAGGAUAAAAAAAAAGGAAAAGGAAAAAAAGGAUGAGUAGGCCCUUUCGUACUAUGGGAUGAUAUAUGGAGGAACUUGAUGAUACUUAGUUAUUUUGGGGUUGCUUAAAUAAAACCAAAGUUUAUCCAUUUUCUCUUUAAUUAAAUACUACGUACUGAUUAUUUCAGAUACUGUUCUCUUGAUGUAUAUGGUGUUAGGAAAUUACAAUACAUGUACUCGAUUGUGGUGUAUAUUCUAAAAGAAUGAAGUGAUAUCAUUGAGAUUACCAUAGAUGAUUGUUAGCAAGUUGUAUUACUGAGUCAUUCGAAUAAAGCAAUUAAGCAAGCAUGCUUGUUUCUAAC